GAAUUAUAAAAUUUUAAUUUAAAUAUUUUUUUCAUUGUGCUAUUACAUCAUUGAUCAUCAUCAUCACCGGUCAUGUUUUACAUAUAAAUAGUGAAAGAGAUUGACGUAUUUUAAUCACAAUAAGCAAUCGAUUUUUUUUAUCAAACUGAAAACCUAGUUAUGGCAACAAUAGGAGAGAAUCAUUUGAAAUGGUCAGAAUCGUCAAUGUCCAAAACAUAUGAUUUAAAAUCAAUACAACGAAAAUAUUCUUGUUCGAAUCAUUAUCAUCAUCAUCAUCGAACAACAAAGCCGACUAUAGCCAUAGCAAUAAUAUUGAAAAUGACUCGGAUUUUAUUAGUAGUCUUUAUAUCAAUGGCAUGGCCACUGUCAUCAUGGGCACAUUCACCGCCAAUACCAUCAUCUCAUACAUCGUCAAUUCCAAUGACACUUUCUAAUGCCGCUUUUCGACAGCGACUUCUAUUUGGAUCGUCAAACAAACAACAACAGCAAUUCAAUCCAUACAACAAUGAUGGUUUGAACUAUUAUCGUUUAUCAUCACAAAAAAACAGCAAUAAUCAGAGAAUUAAGAAUAAUCGUUUGGAUAAACUUCGUCAUUUAUUAGCCAAAGCAGAAGCAUUAUCUUCAUCGCCAUCUCUUCCUUCAUUGUAUUCUUCGCCGCAUGGUUUCAAUAUUAAUCCGUUAAAAUAUUUCCAUUAUCAACAUCAACAAUCACCGAAUAAAGAACCAACAUGUGAAGAAUUGCGUUUCCUAUGGUCUAUUAAACAAUUUGUAUUGCUCGAUGAAUUAGUCAAUGAGAAUUAUUUGCGGAACAAAAACAAAGAUACAACUCCUACAAUAAAUGUGAAUAAUGAUAAUAAUAUUCCAAGUGAAACAGAUAUUGAGGAUAAUACUAAUGUCGGAGUCAUUGACAAUGGUAAUGAUAAUGAGCAAGAAAUAUUACGGAAAAUGUUGGCAAAUAUACCAAAAGAGAAACAAGUUUAUAUUACAAAAAUUGAGCCAUCUAAUAGUAAAGAACUUGAUGAUAAUGGUAGUGAAGAGGUAAAAUUAUCAACUGAAAUGUCGCCACUGACAUCGGAAAAUAUAGAUGAUAAAAAUUCACAAAAUGUCAAUAAAAAUGAAGCAAUGGAAAAAACAGAAGCGGAAACUGUAUCACCAUAUGGUAUCGUGCAUAACAGCCCUAGUUCUGCUCGUCGUGGUUUUAAAUCGCAAUUGCAACCGACAGCUGAAACAAUUGGAUUUUUCGGUGAAUUUUUCGAAGAUUUUUUUCCUUUACCAAACCGUACGAAUCUUGUAAAAAGUCAGCGCUUAAAUCAACAACAGUUACUCGAUCGGUACUUGAAUGGAUACAAUCUUCGCAAUGGAAAACAGGGAAUGAAAAUUUCCUCACCAUCAAGGCUUGUAACAGUUGGCAAUGAAGAUUCAUUUAGUAAUGGCAUUGGACAAAAACUAUCAUUCAAACAAAAUCGAUUGAAGCAGAAUGCUGAAUCAAAGUCAAUGUCAUCGCCUUCAUCAUCAACAUCAUCGUCAAGAAUAAUGUUACCAGGAUUUUGGCAUGAAAAACCUGUUAAACCAUCGGUCAAUCUAAUUAAUUGACUUAGAUCUAAAUAUGAUUCCUGCAAAGCGCGAUAAGUAACAACUGUCGAUAAUUUUAACAACAUGAAUAUAUUAACGGAAUGUUCAACUGAUUGGUAUUAUUGCAUUCAUU